UCCCGUAACUGCGGAGGGGCGUGGUGAACCUAUAGUGCCGCUUAAAGAGUUUACAACCUCACAAUCAUUCCCAGACUUUGGCUUCUGGAUGUGUGACUAAGGACGAGAGGAAGUACUGAAAGACGUUUUUGGAAGUUUUAGGGCGAUUUUUGAAAGAACGAGGACACAUUCGCUUCCUUGUUCACCCCUUGAAAACAUACCCGUUUGGACUCUACCGAUUUACCGCAAUACAGUGGGCUUGCCUCAGGUUUGAAUUAAGACUCAACCCGAAAGUCAUUUUGAGGCUGUUAUAGACACAGCUGGAUCCAGUUUUCUAGAGUGUUUUAAUAAGAGAGGAUGUAUCGAAACUUUGGGAAUCAAGGACGAGGCAACCCGCCGUACACAGGGUCAAACCCUGUAUCCCUGGGAAGCACCAGCAGUUCAGCCACACAACAGGAGCAGAAAUAUACAAUGGCAGGCACCAGUCAGUUCGUACCAAGCCUCAAUGCCAUUACAACCAACCAGGACCUCCAGUGGCUGGUCCAGCCCUCCCUUAUGCAUCCACCAGGCCCUUCAAGAUCUCCAGUACCUCCUUACCCAACCGUCACAGGGGCACGGCCACUGGGUCAGGCCCCUCACCACUCCCAUCUUCUCAGACCUGGAGUCAUAAGGGCAGCUGCAAACCCCACUGCUUCAACAAGACGCCGGAACGAUGAACAUUUAUCCCAGGAAGAGAUUGAGAGACGGAGAGUAAGAAGGGAGCGGAAUAAGUUAGCAGCAGCAAAAUGUCGCAAUCGCCGCCGGGAACUGACAGACACACUGCAAAAUGAGACUGACCUGCUAGAGGAUGAAAAGUCCCGUUUACAGAAGGAAAUAGCUAAUUUACAAAAAGAGAAAGACAGGCUUGAGCUAGUUCUCGAGGCUCACCGUCCCAUUUGUAAGAUAGAGGAAUCUGAUUCAGAUUCUGACCCAAAUCCAUCAAUUUCCUCUUUGGGAGGCAUCAAAAUGGAGCCAGAGGACCAUGGGAGACCUGGACCCUCAACCAAACUACCAACAAAGAUGGAGAAGCCCAAACCAAAGAUAACCAUCCCCAGCAAGCCUACAGCACCGUCAACCUCUGCUGUCAUCACUGAAUCAGAGUCACUCCACACCCCGAUUCUUACAUCUACUCCCUCUCUCACGCCCUUCACAGCUGGGAUGGUUUUCACCUAUCCGACUGCCCCAUUAGACACCAGUGCCUCUACAUCCCAUGCUACAUCACAACAGGGAAAUGUACCACAGCCUCGUGCCCCGCAGCCCUGUGGGAUAGCUCAUCGCCGCAGCAGCAGCAGUGGUGACCAAUCGGAUCACUCCCUGCACUCCCCGACCAUCCUCACUCUGUGAUCGGCAGCUCUAUCAUCCUGGCAAUACUCUAAUAUUCGUUUGAAUUGAAGUCAUAAUGUUUGUGUUUGUGACCAAAAAGGAUCUCUGGGAAACGUUACAGUGAUAAUUGUGAUAAGCAUUUCAAAAUGAGCUGCGUGCAUCUGCUUUAUUUCAUCUAUUUAGAAAGUUGAUUUGUACUUAGACAUGAAAAUUAGUGGCAUUAUCAGGAUAUGAAUGUUACACUCUUUAGUUUUGAUAUAAAGUCUUUAUAUUUCUUUAUAUAGUCUUUUUAAAAGCUAUCAGGUUGAAUAAAUAUAGAAUAAGUUUGAGGUUUAUUAUGAAAGCAUUGCAUGCAGAAUAUAUUCUCCUAAGAGUUAGACAAGCUUUCUAUGUGAUAAGUAUAUAUGAUACAUAAUAUAUUAAAAGUGAUAGUUAUAAUAUAUUAAUAAUGUUAUAUGUUGUAAUUAUAAUAUAUAAUGUUGCAUUUAAUGACUUGUUACAUUGUUACAUUGUAAUACAACCUUGUAACAUUUUAAUACAACACUUUAUAAAUGUCCUCACUAAAUAGUACUUACAAAUAAAGGGUCCUUAUUUUUGUAUGAAUCUUUUAAAAGAAAUCCUGACAUUGUCUAUGCAAAUUAUUGACCACUAAGGCUGGGCCGUAGGAGUUAAUAUAGAUUAUAUAAUCACAUAUUUAUUUUUGAGAGUGUAAUAUAUUUUUGGUAAUGUUUUCUCUGACAAAUGAACUGUUGGUGGGCAGUGCCUUACUUUUAUCUUUUGUCAAAGCUGUACUACUUUACAGACAAUAAAGAACAGCAGUUCAUAACUGUG